GGCCGCAAACAGAUCAUUCUCCAUCUCUCGUGAUCCUGCGACAGCGACUUGUCAAGUGCGCAGUAGGGUGUCUGAUUUAAAAUGACCCGUACUAUCCGUGGUUCCCCACAAUAGGUACCCAAAGUGGUGAACGUUUUGUUUUUUGCCCUAGAACUACUCACCUGAUUUAAAUAAUCACCAAUUUUUUAUAAUUUAAAUCAACUGUGUAGUGUUAAAGAAAGAAAGAAAGGUGAAUUCUAGACGUCCAAAUGAUACCUGCUUGCAGUGACCAAUUUAAAACGAUGGACAUUAUUCAAGCCAAUAAGACCGUCUAAUGUAUGUGCUCUCUCCAAUCAGGAUUGGACCGAGUGAAGAAAAGCGAGUGUGUACGGAAACGACCGAAAGGCAUACUGAUAUAACUGGGUUUAGUGCGUAGAUUUGAUAGUGCUCGGUCUUCUGUGGACGGACGGUUUGGCCAGACAAGAUUGUCUAAAGUGAAAGAAAAAACAACUGGAUGAUGAGUUAUCAAAGACAGAAUAUGAAGUGUCUUAAAAUAUUGUCUAUAACCGUCGCGCUGUUGAUAUCGCACAGCGCUGCUAUUAUAAGAAUUCCCCUCCACAAGACGCGCAGUAUGCGCCGCCUAAUGAACGACAAUGGGAUGAGUUUUGAACAACUCCAGGACAUGGCCAAGACCGUUGGUGGUGCAGGAGCUGACACACCAACACCCUUACCAGCAACCACUCAGAGCCCGAAAGUGCCAGUUGAGAGACUCACUAACUUCAUGGAUGCUCAGUACUAUGGGGUGAUCAGCAUAGGCACACCACCCCAGGACUUUACUGUGCUGUUUGACACCGGCUCCUCCAACCUGUGGGUUCCCUCCAUUCACUGCUCCUUCCUGGAUGUUGCAUGCUGGCUCCACCAUCGUUAUAACUCCAAGAAGUCGAGCACGUACGUUCAGAAUGGCACCAAAUUCUCCAUCCAGUAUGGCAGAGGCAGCUUGUCUGGGUUCAUCAGUGGGGACACUGUCUCUUUGGCUGGCAUGCAGGUCACUGGUCAACAGUUUGGUGAGGCCGUGAAGCAACCUGGCAUCACAUUUGCAGUGGCACGCUUUGACGGGGUGCUGGGCAUGGGCUACCCUACCAUAUCUGUCGACAAGAUAACCCCUGUGUUUGACACCGCCAUGGCUGCCAAGCUGUUGCCUCAGAACAUAUUUUCCUUCUAUAUUAGCAGGGAUCCAUUUGCUGCUGUAGGAGGAGAGCUGAUGCUGGGAGGCACGGACCCACUGUACUACACUGGAGACCUGCACUAUGUCAAUGUCACACGCAAGGCCUAUUGGCAGAUUGAGAUGAGCAGUGUGGAAGUGGGAAACCAGCUGACGUUGUGCAAGGCCGGUUGCCAGGCGAUUGUUGAUACGGGAACGUCCCUCAUCACCGGGCCUGCGGAGGAGGUCCGGGCGCUGCAAAAAGCCAUCGGAGCCUUGCCUCUACUGAUGGGAGAGUAUUGGAUUGACUGCAAGAAGGUUUCCUCUCUCCCCGUCAUCACAUUCAACCUGGGAGGGAAGAUGUUUAACUUGACUGGAGACGACUAUAUCAUAAUGGAGUCCCAGAUGGGUCAGAAAAUCUGUCUGUCAGGCUUCAUGGCCAUGGACAUCCCCCCUCCGGCUGGACCGUUGUGGAUCCUGGGAGAUGUGUUCAUUGGACGCUACUACAGCGUGUUUGAUAGAGAUGCAGACCGUGUGGGGUUCGCCCCUGCCACGUAGAGGGGAGAAACCACAAACAACCCCUAGCCACGUAGAGGGGAGAAACCACAAACAACCUCUAGCCACGUAGAGGGGAGAAACCACAAACAACCCCUAGCCACUUGUGGAGAUCUGAAAGGAUUUGAUGGGUAUAAGCAAUAUAGUGGUCCUACCAAACCAAGGUGCAGCUAGUACCUAUCAAAUCCCCACAGAUCAUGCUGAAUUAUAGGAGGAAAAGCACACCACAAAUGAACAAAACUCCCAAAAAGAAACUUGUCUUUGCCUAUUUUGCUUCUUUUUUGGGGGGAGAGGGGGCUGGCUGUUUUUAAAAAAAGAGUCACCAUGUGAGUUUGGUGAAUGAUUAAUAAAUAUUGCAGAUCAAAACUGAUAUGAGCUGCUGUAUGCAGUUCAGCUUGGUGUUUUGUAUGAAAACAAAGGAGAUACAACAGUACCACUAUCUGACAAUGCAACCACUUGUUUUUGGAAAGCAGAAGACUGAAUUCAUAUCAUUGUAGAUUAAACUCGGUUUUUGUUAAAUCAACCAGAAUGUUGAUGUCCAGGGAAUUUGACCAGGGUACAGAAGUUGUAUCAAACUGUUUUUGUAAAACAAUGUCUUGUACACUUGAACUCUUUUUGUAUGUUGACCCCAAGACCAUGACGCUUCCGUUAUAGCCUAAAUAAAAUGGUCAUGCACUACAGCAUCUCAUGAUCCUAAAAUGUAUCAAAAAGAUGACACUGAAAAAAGUAUAUUAAAUAAAUCUAGUCAUUCUUGUCCAGGUU